GUUGCACGGAUGCUGAAGCUAUAAAAGAGCACAGAAGCUGAUGAUUCUUGCAAUGUGGAGAUGAGCUAUAUUCAUGGAUAAUGCACAUAUACUAAGAGCUGAAAGAAGGGUGAACACAUUUCUAGACUAACAUCUAGAUGGGGGAAGUAGUUUGUUGAUUGGGAAUGCCAGCUUCUGAAAGCUGUUUUCAAGUAAGCAGAAACUGUUUUCACUUUAUUUAAGAUAUACAGUCACUGACCACAUUAUUAGAAACACAUGCCAGCAGUGUAAUGCAUAAAAUCAUGCAAGUCAAGAGCUUUAGUUAGUGUUCACAUUAAACAUCAGAUUGGUGAAAAAGUGUAAUUGCAGCGACUUCAACUACUGCAUGAUUGUUGGUGCGAGCUGGGCUAGGUUGAGUAUUUCAAAAACUGACUAGCUCCUGGGGAUUUCACGCACAGGCUACAGUUUACACAGAAUGGGGGGGGGACUAAAAGUUUGAGCUGUGGAUGAAAUAUCUUGUUGAAAAAAGGACAUGAAUGGCUAGAUCAGUUUGAGCUGACAGGAACACUAUAGUAGCUCAAAUAACCACUCUUUUCCCUGCUCUGCUCUAUCAAAUAACCACUACCACCUGGGGUGUUUUACACAUGAAACCAGUCAGCUGCAUUUUUUUGAAUUGCUCAAGCAGUGUCACGGGAGUGUAACACAUUUGGAGGAAAAGCGCUAUCCAAUCUCUUCUGCAUGAGCUCACGGAUGCCCAUAAUUGUAUAGUGUCAGCGUGAUUGACAGGGAAAAGAGUAUUGAGAGUGUUUUGGAGAACCAGCCAUGAAUGGCUGUGGCAACUUUGCAGUCAAACUUAUGAUCUCGGGACAACAACGUGAAUGCUUUUCUUUUAGCUUACGCGGGAACUGUAAAUAACCUUUUUUUCUUCACAUCUGUGAUGAUCAGAAAAGCAUCUCACAGUCAAACCUUGAGGCAGAUUGCUACAAUAGCAGAAGGCCACGCCGGAUUCUGCUCCUGUCACCCAAGAAUCUGAGGCAACGGUGGGCACAAGCUCACUGAAACUGCAAAAAGUUCAGGGGACAUUAACAAGGUGAAUUAAAGGCUUCACAUGAGUGUGUUGUCACUCUUGCAACAAUGAUGAAACCAUCCAACAAGCAAACAGUACAUAUACUAAGUGGGUAAAAGAACCUUGUGCGUUACAUUUACUUCCUAAUUGUAACAUUUUGAAAAACUUGCACCCGAUAACCUGCACACUGUUUGUCUUGACGUAACAAUGUAUACAUGGUGCAUCAAAUGAAAACCUUAAAAGGUUUUUUUUAACUUUAAAAAUGCCAAAAAUUAGAAAUGAUUUUUUUUUUCUUGAGGAAUCCGUACAAUAGUUGAGCAAGGGAACACUUGCAUUUAAAAUGAAAUGGAGAUUAUGUUUUUUAAAAAAAGAGAGACACCUAUUCAUAAUGACCCAAUUUUACACAAUGUAAAAAAAAAUAAUAAUAAAUUUUCAUUUGAUUCACCCUUGUACUUUACCCUACUGUUUUGCACUUCAUUAUUAUACACCAAUCAGCUAUAACAUUAAAACCAUUCAUAGGUGAAGUGAAUAACAUUGAGUAUCUUGUUACAGUAGCACCUGUCAAGGGGUGGGAUGUAUAUUAGGCAGCAAGCAAAUAAUCAGUUUUCAAAGUUGACGUGUUGGAAGCAGGAAAAAUAGGCAAGCGUAAGUAUCUGAGCGACUUUUACAAGGGCCAAGUUGGGAUGGCUUGAUGACUGGGUCAUAGCAUCUCCAAAAAAGCAGGUCUUGUUGGGUGUUCCAGGUAUGCAGUGGUUAGUACCUAUCAAAAGUGGUCCAAGGAAGGACAACCGGUCAACCCAGAAACCCUGGGUCCUGGCAUUCAUAUGGCUGUUUCUUUGACAUGUACCACCUACCUAAAUAUUGUUCCAGACCAAGUACACCCUUCAUGGCAACGGUAUUCCCUAAUGUCAGUGACCUCUUCACAGCAGGAUAAUGUGCCCUGCCAUACUGCAAAAAUAGUUCUUGAAUGGUUUGAGGAACAUGUCAAAGGUGUUGCCUGCAAAUUCCCCAGAUCUCAAUCUGAUCGAGCAGCUGUGGAAUGUGCUGGACAAACAAAUUUGAUCCAUUGAGGCCCAACUUAUAGGAUUUAAAGGAUCUGCUUCUAAUGUCUUGGUGCCAGAUAUCACAGCACACCUUCAGAGGUCUUGUGGAGUCCAUGCCUCGACAGAUCAGAGCUGUUUUGGUGGCACAAGGAAGACCUACACUGUAUUAAGUGAUUUUAAUGUUAUGACUGAUUGGUGUGUAUUUUAUAAUAAAAGGUAGUAUAGAAUAUGCUAUCAUAAAAUUUUUAUUAAGCAUGAAGCCCAAAACUAAAAAGUAUACGACCAAGAUAAAAACACACUCACAGUCUACCAAUAUUUUGAUAGAAAGAUAGAAACGAUUGUGUGCAAAAGGUGGUCUUGAACCCAACACUAUCAGUUGGCCUAUCCAAACACAUUCUAAUGCACCAAUGAGCAAACCAUAUUAUUGUAGAUGAAAUUAAAUAAAAUAUUUGCAUUUCUUUUCAUGUUGGCUUCCUGGAAAUAAAACAAAAUAUUUUCUGUGUUUCUGCAUUUUUUUCCAACAUAGUUGUGCUCUGCUUGUUUUGAAUAAUGCUUGCAGAUUGCUCUCUUUUGCCACUGUACAACUACCCUGUAAGAGAAAAUGAUGGAGAGAGAAACACUGCUUUAUUAUGAACCCUCUAUCACUACUGGAAUAGGACACAGUUGGGAUUCAAACUUUCAAUUACAACAGAAGACUGAGAAACACUUUGAGGCUGUGGGCAAAAAUAGGCUUUUGUGCAUCACUGGGCAUAGCAUGUCAUUGGAAGCAUGGGCAGUGUUUAUUAACGUGAAAUGUGCUUAAUGUUUAACCUGCGAGCAUGUUUGACCUUGACCUGAGAACAGACUUUUCUUCUCUUGAGCUGUCUCACUGUGUCUCUCCAUUGCAAUUCAUUGAAUGCUGUCCUUCACCAGAGUGCCAGCUUUUUUUCUGGGUCAGUCCUUAGCCCUCCGAGAGGGCCUGAGCCACAAGAAGUAGAAAGAGAGAGAGAGAGAGGCGGGGUGGGGAGGUAUUUAUAGAAAAAUAGGGCUUCGCAGUACCUUUUUCCUCGCAAAAGAAUCAUUAGAGGACCCAGCUAGCAUGUCCCAGAUUUCUGAUCAGUGCUCUGCAUGAGGGCCAGGGCUAGACAAACUUAGUAGAGGAUGCAGAGCCCUGCUUGGAAAGAACGUGUCUGUGUUCUCCUACACACUCCGUUCCACUGCUCAUCCUGGGCUUAAGCUGCAGGUCUGAUGGAGCUUUGAUAGAAUUUGUAAAUGGUUUUAAGUGGUGACUGAGCUGACAUUUCCUCAGGCCCCUGGGCUUCCCACACUGACUCUGAUACAAACUCCAAAACAGCACACCUGCAACCAUGAUGAGAAGAUUUCUGAAGAACCAAAAGGGCCGCUUUUCACUCCGCCAAAGCCGUUCAGGUUCCCGCAGCGCCUCCAAGGAUUUCUACCCAAAUCCUCAAGUGCUCAGGGACUUCCCCUUAAACAUUGAAUUGGCCCUUCCAGCAACUAACCAGGGCUGGCCUGAGGAUUUUGGUUUCAAGCUAGGUGGAGAUGGACCUAGCUACAUCCUCUCUGUGGUGGAGGGCAGCAGUGCCUAUAUGGCAGGUCUGCAGCCUGGUGACCAGGUGCUGGAAAUUGAUGGGCAGAACGUCUCCUCUCUCAGCACUAAAGCUCUCAUCGCCUUGGCCCAAACUCUCAAAACUGUACCUCCAAGCAUCGGGGUUGUGUCUCGCAUUGAACAGUUGGACAUCACUCCAGGACCUGACGGCCGCUUUGGCUUCACCAUUGUUGGAGAUUGCCCCUUGUUGGUGGAGGACUGUAUGCUCAACUCUCCAGCAGGUCGCAGCGGGUUACGGGCAGGGGACUAUGUGAUGGAGGUGAAUGGAAUUCCAGUGAAGCACCAUGAGAUGGCGGCAGCCAUGAUUAAGGCAUCACAGGGGCGUACACUGCGUCUUGGCGUGCUCAGAAUGAACCGUUGGCAAAAACGCACCAGCAGCAGUAUGAAAGAGACCUACCAGAGCGGAGAUAUAGUCCGUCAGGACCGCAAACACAAAGCCCUGGAGUUUAACAAGAAGGUUGAGGAGAUUUUAGGUGAGGAGCCAAUGGUGAGGGAGAGGCUUUUUGACCUAUUGAAGCAAUAUGCUUCAGAGAGGGAUGUGGAACAGCUGGCAUCUACACUUCCUGAGAUACUGAUCAAUGAGGAACAUCAGCAGCUGAUUGACAGCAUCAGGAUCUUCAUCCCCAAGAAGCACCGGCAGCGUUUUGAUGAAGUGGUCUCCCAGAGCCUGAUCAGCCGCCUGAGGGGCCGAAGUUUUAGUGAGCACAGGCAGAGCGGAUUGCGCCGCAGCCGCAGCGAGGAUCACCCUGAGCGGCUGCUGGUGUCCACACGGGCCAGCUCAGUGCCACGCACUGCCCAUGAGGAUGGCAUCAUCCCCCCCUCUCGUGGCCUUCGCAAAACAACUUCACUCAUCGCUGGGCACUCCGGCGCCAUUGCCAACCGCAGGACAGUGCGGGUAUACAAGGGGAACCAGAGUUUUGGUUUUACCCUACGUGGCCAUGCUCCCGUUUGGAUUGACUCGGUUAUUCCAGGUAGUCCAGCUGAGAAAGCAGGCCUCAAACCUGGAGAUCGCAUCCUCUUUCUCAAUGGCCUUGACAUGAGGAACUGCGCCCAUGAGAAAGUGGUGGCAAUGCUGCAAGGCAGUGGAGCUAUGCCUUCGCUAGUGGUAGAGGAUGGCCCUCCAGCCUUCAUGCUGGCCGAGCCUGAGACUAUGGAGGCAUCUCCACGCUCACGUUCUCCUGUGCUUAGCUCCCUACAGUGGGUGGCCGAAAUUCUGCCACCCAGCAUCCGCGUGCAGGGCCGCACUUUCAGUCAGCAGCUGGAGCACCUACUCACCUUGCAAGAGAGAUACACCAUCUGCAAAUCCCUCGAGGCCUUCUUCCAGCACAGGAACGUGGAUACGCUGAUCGUGGAUGUGUUUCCAAUCCUGGAUACUCCAGCUAAGCAGGUGAUCUGGCAGUUUAUCUACCAGCUGCUGACCUACGAGGAGCAAGAACAUUGUCAAAGCAAGAUCUCACGGUUCCUUGGUUAUAAAGUCACAUUGCCUGUGGCAGAGCCAGAGCCACCAGCUCCAGAACCCCACCGGCGUAGUAGCUCUAUGAAGGUGACAGGCACCACCUACCGGAGCAGUGUGAGAGGCCGUAGUUCAGAUGAUCUGGUCAUUGGCACUCACCUGGGAAUGGGGAUCCGCACUGAGCCUGUUGAGUUGGCCUCUAUGAGACUGGCUCCUGGUGAAAGACAGUCUGGAGAUGGGACCUCUCUACCAGAGACACCCAAUAACCUCACUAAUCUAUCUGCUGUAUAUGCUGAGCUGGAGAAUGUGCAUGUAGGCAAGAGGUCUAAAUCCCUGAAGAGCCGCCCUCCUCCUGCCCCUGAAACAGUGAUUGACAUCUACCCUCACUCAUCUAGCCAGUCUGUCAGAGCUAAAUCUUCCUCUCCUUCUGUACGGGCUAGUUCAGGCAGUCGUAAGGCAACAUCAGUCCAGCCUCCCCCUCCUCCUCCCCCACCUCCCCAACCUAUAUGGACUGAGUCCUUGCCCAGUCCCCAGGGCCCGUCCUAUCCCCAUGAGCUUCCAUCCCAGGGGAGUGCAGAGUCCAACCCCUACAUUAGCCUGGACAGCCCGUCAUUAUCACCACCGUCCCCACCUGACUAUCCACCAAGCCCCCCAGACUACUUACCCAGUCCUCCUAUCCGGAAGAAGCGCUACACGUUUUCUCGUCCCCCCCGCAGUGCUGACACAGACCUGUUUAUGGAGGCCCUCACGGAGCAGUUGGGUCAGCAGCUAUCUGUUGAUGACUUUUUGUCUCCAGAAAAUGACUAUGAGGAGGAUGUGGUCCAGAUGACCCUCCAAGAUGAGGAGGAUGAGGAAAUAGAGGAUGAAGAUGAGGAGGAAGAUGAAGGCCCUUAUAUCCCUCCUGAGCUCAGCAGUGCCAGUGAGAUGCAUAGUAGCAGUGAGGAUGCAAGUUCUCUCACCUAUUCAUCCAGCUCUGAGCACAUUCCACCUCCACCUCUCACCCCACCUCCCCCACCUCCUGUUCAAUUUAAUGAUCCACCACCUCCUACCAACUUCACCUCUGAUCAAGGAGCCCGACAAUUAACUUUCCGCCGUCACCCAGGACCUCCACCUCCACCUCCUCCUAGGGCCAAUCCUCCUCCAAAGCGACAGUCUAUUAACAAGGUGCUUCCUACUCGGGAGGAAUUGAUGGCCCACCAGGUUCUCCAGGAAGCCCAGUCUCUACCAGUCCAGCCGACAACUGUACACUCCCAACACCCCCUACAGCAGAUGCACCAGUCCCUGCCCCCAUUGCCUUCUCCAGACCUAUCUCCGUCUGCCAUCCAUAGCCAUAUAAUGUACCAAAUGCAUCACCAAACUCAACAAAGUCAACAAGAUCAACAGGUUUAUCAGAUUCAUCAGAGUCACGAGGCUCAGCACAGCCAUCAACUUCAUCAGGCUCAACAGAGCCAUCAAAUGCAUCAAAGCCACCAGACUCCUAAUACCCAUCAGACUCAACUCUCAAGCUCCAUGGACAGGCUUGACAAAAUUGACAGAAUGGAACUGUCUGAUAGACAUAUUUAUGAGGUUUACCAGCCUCAACCAAUGCAUCCCGGUCGUCAGACUCCCCUUAGUCAUCAUCAAAGCCAUCAAGCUCAGCUAUCCAGCUCCAUGGAUAGGCUGGAUAGAUUGGAGAGGAUUGAACACUUAGAACUGAUGGAACGUUUAGAACGGAUGGAACGUUUAGAAAGACUGGAAUGGAUGGAAAGGUCAGAGAGAGCUGAAAGGAGAGCUGAAAUGCAUCAGGCCCAUGUGUCUCAAACGAACUCCCAGUCUAUUCGCCAGACUCAACAGACUCCCCAACCUCAGUCAACUUAUCCCAGUCAACACCAAAUCCACCAGAUCCAUCAAGUCUAUCCACAAACCCAACCUUCUUCACUUACCCACCAACCUCAUCAUGUUCAUCAGAUCGAGCACAUCCAUCAGACCCAGCUUGUGCCCUCUGCUCCUCAGUACCAUGUCAUCCACCAGCCCCACCAACCUCACCAAUCCCAGAUCCUUUCCACCUUCCAGCCCCUGCCUCAACAUCAGCCAAUAUCACAACAGCAAACACAACAGCAGCAGCAGCAACAGCAGCAGCCACAGCAACACCAACAUCAAUCUCAUCCAGUCCACCCUUCAACCCAAGCCAGACAGAGUCCUCAUCCCAUUCAGCACCAACGACAUCAGCAUCACCACGAAGCUCAGUCUCAAUCACAGUCUCAACCUCAGCCCCAGCCUCAGACCCACCACCAAGAGGCAUCUACCAUGGAGCCUCCUCCACCUCCACCUUUGCCCCCUCCUUGUGUGCCCCCUCCUCUACCCCGUGCUUCACCACAAAAAUCAGACUCCAGUCACAUGAAUGUGAAGAGGCUACGUUGGGAACAAGUUGAGAACUCUGAAGGAACAAUCUGGGGACAGUUGGGAGAAGACUCUGAUUAUGACAAGCUCAGUGACAUGGUGAAAUAUUUGGACUUGGAAUUGCAUUUUGGUACACAGAAGAAUCUGAUCUCUAUUCCAGAACCUGCACCUCAGCCUGAGACAUUCAAAAAGAAAGACGUGAUUGAGAUUCUUUCCCAUAAGAAAGCCUACAAUGCAUCCAUCCUGAUUGCCCAUCUGAAGCUGUCUCCAGGUGAGCUGCGUCAGGUGCUAAUGACGAUGGUGACCGAUCGCCUGGAGGCAGCACACAUCAAGCAGUUGUUAUUGUAUGCGCCAGAUGAUGACGAGGUCAAACGAUACGAGCAAUACGCUGACAACCCUAACAAGCUCAGUGAGCCAGAUCAGUUUGUCUUACAGAUGCUGUCUGUGCCUGAGUAUAAGACCCGUCUGAAGAGUCUGCAUUUUAAAAGCUCGCUGCAGGAGAAAACUGAGGAGAUGAGAGCAGGAUACGAAUGCAUCUACAAGGCCUCACUAGAGCUUAAAAACAGCAAAAAACUAGCAAAGAUUCUGGAGUUUGUCCUUGCAAUGGGGAAUUACUUAAACAAUGGCCAGCCCAAGGGAAGUAAGACCACUGGCUUUAAGAUCAAUUUCCUUACUGAACUUGGUACCACCAAAACCGUAGAUGGAAAAUCCACUUUUCUGCAUAUCCUGGCUAAAUCAUUGUGCCAACAUUUUCCUGAGGUACUGGACUUUGCCAAAGAACUCACGACUGUACCACUGGCAGCCAAAGUGAAUCAGAGGAACAUCACCUCAGAUAUGAACGAUCUGUACACCACCAUCCAAGACAUCCGCUCAGCCUGCCAAAAGAUGCCAGCCACAGCUGAGGACCGCUUUGCUGUUGUUAUGAGUGGUUUUCUGGAGAACAGCCACCCUGCUGUUCAGUCUCUGGAGUCUCUACAGCAGAGAGCUAUGGAGGAAUUCUGUAAGGUGGCCUCCUUCUUCGGCGAGGACGGCAAGGUCACCACCACCGAGGCUUUCUUUGGCAUCUUUGCUGAAUUCACUUCAAAGUUUGAUAGAGCCCUAAUGGAGAAUCAGGCCAGCGAGAAUCCUCCACGCAGUCCACGCAGUCCUCGCAUGGCGUCUCCCCUAGCAUGGUGACGGGACACACAAGCACACAUAUGCACAUACUGUAUACACAUUUAUAUGAAGUACACACAUACUCAUACACAUUGUACAUGCACUAAAAGACUUUGUU